UUGUGCUGACUUUGAUUUUCCCCCUUCCCCCCGAAGAACCGAUUGUAAGGCCAGGAACAGCGGUGUCCAGUCGAAGGCCUGGAGAAAGUUAGGCGCUUGCCCUGAGACUGUUAAUGCCGCAUGCAAUAUGUCAGAUUAUGAAGAUGACCCUGCUGUAUUUUCCAGUGAUACAUUGCCUUCUGACCUUCGCUUUAUGGCAACAGUUGCCAAUGGAUACCUUGGCACUAGAGUGUAUGGUGACGUAAUGCAUAUUAAUGGAGUAUAUAAUGGUGCAAAUGGUGACAGCUGUCGGGCAGAUGUACCAUCUCCUGUUAAUGUCAGACUGAGCAUACCUGAUGAGAGAAUGUUGAAAGAAACCUACACUUUGAACACACAGAUAGGUGUGUUUAGCUAUAUUAUAGAGACACAGAAUUUCAGGAUGAUCCAGCAGAUAUUUGCCCAUCGCACUCAGAUUCAUCUCAUGGUUCUCACCAUAACUUUGGAGCGAUUAACCAUUUCCAAGGAGCAGUGUACAGCCCAGAUAAAAUCGUCAUUUGUUCCCCACAGCCAGAAUAUUGAUUUUGUGAGUGGACCAGAUUUCAUGGGAGCAAAGUACAUCCAUGGACAGACUCUUACUCCAGAGGUCAAAGGGGCUGCAAGACAAAGUGUUCACAUGAUCUCAGUGCCACUUCCAGAGUCAUUAACUCUGUUGCCGGAGCAGCAGAGAAACUCCUGGUUAUUUUUGACUGCACUGGCUGGCACAGAAGAGCAAGCGAAGGCGUGUUUUGUGGAAGGACAAAGCCUUAUCCAAUUAGAUCAACUGUACUCUUCGCAUGUGGCAGCAUGGGCUGCACUAUGGAAACAGAGCUGUAUCAGUGCUAAAGGCUUCAGAAAGUUAAACAAGGCUCUGUAUGGGUGUCUGUAUUACCUGCUCAGUGCUCUUCCCCCUCUGACAUCUGCUGACUUCCACUAUGUAGGAUUAAGCCCUGGAGGUCUCUCCAAUGGGGGUAAAGGAGAAGAUUACCAUGGCCACGUUUUCUGGGAUCAGGAAACCUGGAUGUUUCCAAGUAUACUUGUAUUCUAUCCGGAGCUCGCACGCAUCCUCCUGAAGAACCGUGUUCGGACACUUCCUGCUGCGAAGAUCAUUGCGGGACAACAAGGAUACAGGGGUGCCAAAUACCCAUGGGAGAGUGCUGUGACUGGAUUUGAGGUCUGUGACGAAACUGUUUAUGGACAAAAAGAAAUUCACAUCAAUGGUGACAUCUCUUUUGCAUUUCAGCAGUAUUUUUACAUCACCCAGGACCUGGAGUUUUUCCAAAAGGAUGGGGGUUGGUAUGUGGUCAGCAGCAUAGCUGAGUUUUGGAGCAGUCGAGUUACUUGGAACUCGUUGGAGGAUUGUUAUGACAUUAAAGGAAUAAUGCCACCUGACGAAUAUCAAUCUGACGUUACCAAUUCUGCCUACACUGCUGUGGUCGCCAAGUACAGCCUCCAGUUUGCAACAGAAUUGGGAUCAUGUUUAAAAGUUACAGUUCCAUCAAAAUGGAUGAAAAUAGCGGAGAAAAUCAAAGUGCCAUUUGACCCUUUGAAGCAGUAUCAUCCUGAGUUUGAUGGAUACAAGUCAGGGGUGGUUGUGAAACAAGCUGAUGUUGUGCUGCUAGGUUACCCACUCAUGUAUCCCAUGAGUUCUCAGGUGCGGAAGAAUGACCUGGUGAUGUAUGAAGGUGUGACAGCUCAGGAUGGACCUGCCAUGACCUGGAGUAUGUUUGCGAUUGGUUGGCUGGAGCUGAAAAAUGUUACUCAGGCUCAGCAUCAAUUCAACAAAUGUUACAGUCACAUUCAGGAACCAUUCAAGGUUUGGAGUGAAAAUCCAGAUGGAUCAGGAGCUGUGAACUUCCUGACAGGAAUGGGUGGCUUCUUGCAGACUGUGCUAUUUGGUUACACUGGCUUCAGGAUAAUGAAAAGCUACCUGUAUUUUUAUCCCAUAAUUCCAGAGGAUAUGGGUGAGCUAUGGAUUACUGGAAUUAAUUACCUUGGAAAUAAACUACAAUUUCAAUUUUCGACACAGCAAGUCACCAUUGUUUUGUUAAGGCCUUGUGGGUUUCAGCACUUGGCCUUGGAAGUUGUUUUAAGCAAUUCAGGCAAGAAAUUUGCUUUAAUCAAAGGUCAACCAGUGACUUUCUUUCUGGAACCAGGAAUAAUUCGAAGAAAAUGCUCUGUUGCUUCUUCAGUAUUAUCAAACAAGUUAUAGUCUGCAGGAAUGGAAUCACUUCUUCCAUCUGUACCUAUAAGUCUGUGUAUUCUGUGACCUGAACAUCAUUGUGUUGCUGGAAUUGUACACUGUUCAGUAAAUGUUGUUUUGUUUACUUCCUACCUUUCACCUGCAAAGAGAUGGACAUUUCUUCAGGUAUACUGGAAUUUGCAACUUUCCAGUACUUUUGCAGGUCUAUCCCUCAAGCGAGGGGCAAGUAUAUGUUUAGUUGCUGUCCUUACAUGUAGACUUUUGAAAAGAUUUUUUUGGGGACUCUAGUUGACUUUUUUUCCCUCUUUUUUCCUGGAUCGUUAUGGUUAAUUAGGGCAGGCGUAUAGUUUACACUUUUGAGAUUAGAUUGCUCAACACUAACUGAUCUGCAACCUUCCCACACCUAGUUUAUAUGGCUACUCCAUUUACUUGAUGAGCCAUUAGAUAUGUUCCAUUCAUACAUUUCUUUCAUUCAGAUUACUUUUAAUAUUUGCAAACAUAUAACUACCAAAAUAAACUAUUCCAGCAAAAUAAUAAGAAAUGUCUCAUUAAGGCCCAAGUGACUUAUAUAUUAUUGAGAAAAUUUAUUGCAAAUAUAGUACGAUGCCAAGGUUGCAAAGAAUAUUAGAAAGUAGUACUUUUUACUUUUUGAAGUUGGGACUGCAUUAUGCAUUUUUAGAUUGUAAUAGGAAGGAACCCU